GCCGCACACUUCCCUUCUUGUGGCGAUGGCGCUGGGACCUUCACGUGCUGUGGCGGUGGUGCUUCUGGCGGCGGUCUGCUGCCUCCAGGGUGCUCAGGGAAGAAGUCCCCCCUACCCCCCCAUCCCGCCAAGACCACCAGUCUGUCCGGUUGACGCCCCUCUCAUCAAGCUGAACUUCGAGCAGAAUGAGAGAAAACGUGUGCAGGUAGUGGAGUACGACACGUACAUUCCUAACCUCUCCAGCUUCACCAUUCACUACUGGUUCAACUUGCGAGACACCGCCACCACCAACACUAUGUUCAACUACGCCACGGAUCCCUAUACCGGUACGGAGCUCUUGGAUGUGCAGCUGGAGUCAAAGGAAGGAGGCAGGCACCAGUUCUGGAAGAUUACCAUCAAAGGCGUGGAGACUCGAGUCAGCUCCUUCCCGCCCAUCAGGAAGGGAGAGUGGUACCACGCCCUCCACUCCUGGGAGUCCAGCACGGGCAUCAUCAGUCACUACAUUAAUGGCGAGCUCCUCCAAUCACACUACAAUUAUCAGACCAAAGGCUUGGUGAUCCCCGCAGGAGGCAUUGCUCAAUCGGGACAGACCCGUAGCGCACGCUUCCUCUACAACAGUGUGGACCAAGGCGAGGGUUUGAACGGCUGGCUCACGCUCUUCCAACUCUCCGCCAAACCCAUCGGCGUCCCGACUUCCUCCGACAGUGUCGCCGCUAAGGCCGAGCGCGCCUUCAACUGCGCCGACGAUCAUGAUAAGGAGGGUGAGACCAUCAGCUGGAACAGGACCCCGAGGAAAGGCUUCGGCGGCGUGACGGAGACCCCCUCGUACAACAGUGUCUGUGGCCAGUUCUAAGCUCUGCCUUGGAAGCACGCAAGGCAUACACGUAAAGCACGUCUUUAUGUGUGUGUGUGUGCGCGUAUUUGCCAUGUGACCACCUAUGCUGAAUGUGCUUUGUACCUGGCAAUGAACAUAGCCUGUAAACAUGUAGCAAGAAUACCCUACAUAAAUAAGACAGGGAAUG